GCACCCAUGACAAUAUUUGAUCGGUACAUUUUUUUACAUGAGUGGCAAAUUAGAAAACGAAAUUAGACAUUUACAUCUUGUUCUUAAUGUGUUGCGCAACAAGCGGGGUGACUACAUAAGCGUCUCUGUGACAGAACAACUAUAAUUGGUUGACUGGCAUGGCUAUCAAGCGUUUCGCUGCUGUCAUUGGUCAAGAAUGGCAUAAUGGGCGGUUCCCUGUCCUUUUCCAUGCGCAUGCGUGGGCCAGUUUGUUUUCAACUGUUAGCAACAUGUCUGCGUCCAUGGUGCGAGCGACCGUCCGAGCGGUCAGCAAACGGAAAAUACUCGCAACUAGAGCCGCGCUGACACUAACUCCUGCUGCUGUCAACAAGAUUAGGACUUUGUUACAGAACAAGCCAGAAUAUAUUGGUUUAAAGGUUGGGGUCAGAACCCGUGGCUGCAAUGGUCUGACCUACACUCUGGACUACACCAAGGAGAAGGACAAAUCUGAUGAGGAAGUGGUACAGGACGGUGUGAGGGUGUUCAUCGAGAAGAAGGCCCAGCUCACUCUUUUGGGAACUGAGAUGGACUUUGUAGAGUCCAUGUUGUCCAGCGAGUUUGUCUUCAACAACCCUAACAUCAAGGGCACAUGCGGCUGCGGCGAGAGCUUCAAUAUCUGAACCAAUGUCCCAAACGCUGCACCAACAAGUGGGCCUGAACCAGACGAAUGGAAGCUCCUCUCUUCUGACUACUGCUCUUCCUUGCACACUGUUGAUCAUGCUUUGGUCCAGAUUUUACCUCUUCGUCCCCGCGUUUUGAUUUUAACAUGAGACAGCGAUAAAUGCAUCUUUUAUUCUGUAUCCGACCCUGAAGGACUUUUGAACUGAAGUGUUUUUAAUAAAGUUGCGCAUUUUACCUUCCUGCUUCACUGCCAAACGCUGCACUGACUGCAGGAGGUAGAGUUCCAGAACCAGCCAGAGAUCAGGAGGAAGUUUAUUUUAGACUCAUUUUAACCAGAUGUUUAUGAGCACUGUAUGUCAGUGAGUUAUCCAGCUGUCACGGUGAAGCUUGAGAGUCCUGAAACUACUUUUCAGUUUAUUACGUCAUUCACAUAUGACUCUAAAUAUUUAUGCUUGUGUAUACAUAUAUCUAUAUCAACGUUUGAACCACGCACACACAGAGACGCACAAAAGGAUUGUCAGGUGUGAUUUUUAUUUUGGGUCAUUUUUGCUUCAGCGGAAGAGUGUACAGAUUGUAGAAAUGUGAGAUGUGUAAUAUGGCUGUGUAUUUAAUAAAAAAAAUAUGCA